AUGGAUCCCAGGUAUUGUGCUCAAGAUGUACUGCUCUGCAACUUGUGUAAUAAGGACGUGUUACAAAGUCAUUGUGAAGCUUGCAAUAUAAGCCUUUGUUUGAACUGCGUUGGAAAACAUCUUUCUGAUCCUUCCAAAAGACACAAUGUCAUGCCAUAUUCACAACGAAAUCAGCAGCAACAGCACAUCAUUCCCAACUAUCCCAAGUGUCCAAAACAUUCCGAGAAACAUUGUGAGCUUUACUGUGAAAGUUGUGACUUUCCUGUUUGUUCUACAUGUCUAUCCUCGGGUUACCAUAGAGGGCAUAAUUUAUCAGAUGUCCUGCAAAAACACAGCUCCAAAAAAGAGAGUGUAAAAAGAGAUUUAGAGGAGCUUCAAGAAAUAAUACGUCCUGAAUUUCAAAAAGUUGCAUCAGAUAUAACUGCCGUAAAAGCUAACUUGGAAAAGCAUUAUGAGGGACUGACAACAGCGGUCAUGAAACAAGGAGAAGAUUAUUAUAGAGAAAUUGAAAUAAUUGUCAACAAAAGAAAAUCCGAAAUUGAAGAGAUUAGGGCGAAGAACCUGAAGAUCCUUUCAAAGGAAGAUGAUGAAAUUGCGUCAAAUGUUUUAGAGAUAAAACAGAAAAUUCUUGACCUGGAGAAAAUACUCUCAUCCAAUGACGUCACUUUAGCCUUUUCAUACAUAUCCAGAAAUGCUGAAUUCAGAAACUUACUUCCAAAACCCAAUGCUACAUAUAUCCUUCCUAUUUUAUCUCCUCCGAAGUUCAACACAGAACAGCUAAGUAAUUUUUUUGGUUCCCUUUCGGAAUUAUCAGUUACUACAGAUGAUCUGGAGUACACACUUAAGAGAACAGAAUCUCACUCCUCCCCUCCAGCCAGACCAUUGCUUGACAAAUCACAGCUCAUCACCACCCUUUUCACCAACUUUACAAACUUAUCCAGUAUUUCAUGUUUCGACGGAGAAGAAAUUUGGACAUUUGAGAGAAACAUUAUGGAGCUCUACAACCUUCAAGGCAAAUUAAUGGAGUCAAUCAAAACUAAGUCAAAAAACUACAUUUAUGACAUAGCGGUCAUGAAGAGCGGAGAUUUAGUUUAUGCUGAUCCUAAAGCAAGAACUGUAAACAUUUUGAAGAAUAAACAGAUAGAAGAAGUGAUCCGACUACAAGAGUGGAGUCCUUACUAUGUCUGCAGUACCUUCUCUAAUGACCUUCUGGUAACCAUGAACAGUGAUGAUGGACAAUCAAAAGUCAUCCGUUACUCUGGCUCUACGGAAAAACAUACCAUUCAGUUUGACAAUAAAGGCGUCCCUCUGUAUUCGUCGGAUGUUUUCUUGAAGUACGUUUGUGAAAACAGAAACCUUGAUAUCUGUGUUGCAGACAAUGGAGCCAGUGCAGUAGUGGUCGUGAAUCAGGAAGAUGAACUACGAUUUAGAUACACUGGUUAUCCAUCCUCUUCUAAAGAACCCUUUUGUCCAUACGGCAUUACUACAGACAGCCAGGGUCAUAUCCUGAUAUCAGAAAAUCUCAAAAGCUGCAUUCAUAUUCUGGACCAAGAUGGACAGUUUCUUCAAUUUCUUGGAAACUGCAUUCUUCAGAGUCCAUGGGGAUUAUGUGUGGACAAUAAAGACAGUCUUUUUGUGGCUCAGAGUUCGAACGGAAUAGUUAAAAAAAUCAAAUACAUGUAA